AUGGGCGGGGCAGUUAUCGUUGUCACCAACGAGGCUGAGUGGGACCGCAGCCUCGAGGAUGCUGGGGAUAAAGCGGUCGUCGUGGAUUUUCAUGCGGUUUGGUGCGGGCCUUGCAAGAUGAUCGCUCCAAGUUUUGAGGCAUUCUCGACUGAAUUUUCAAACGUCGUCUUUCUUAAAGUGGACGUCGAUGUCGCUCAGAAAGUGGCAGAGCAGUGCAAUGUUUCCGCUAUGCCGACCUUCCAAGUGUACAAGAACAAAACUAAGGUGGCGGAACUUAUCGGAGCGAGUAAGGAAAAGCUUUAUGCGUUGAUCAAGCAGUAUAAUUAA